AUGAUUCGCGUGCCGUCGGAGGAGAAGCCGGUCGUCAACGCGAGCUUGCUGACUGCGAACGCCGUGAGCGAUCUGAGCGUCCACGUGCCGCCAUUGUGCCGCUCGGGAAUCAAGCAACGCACGGGCGGGAUGCUCCCGGAAUUGUGCAACUCGGGCGCAGCGACCCCAGGCUUCCCACAAAACCGGGCCGAGGUCAUUGCCUUACCCGGCACGAGGGAAGACCGCGGCGCCAUACCGGCGCUGCUGGAGCAGCUCGUGGAGCGCGACUUCUUUUCGUACUUUCCUGUCAACCUCAUCACGCCGUGCAUGUACUUUCCAUCUGGCGACGCGGGCGCCGCGCGCGAGCGCGACAUCCCACCAGCAGUCAUCGCCCGCGACCGAGAGGAGUACAAUUUCCUCAUCGACGGGUGGGUGAGCAAGGACAUGCCGUCCGACUUUACAGAGUACUUUGACUUGCGCGAGGAGGAGAUGGGGUGGAAGCGCGACUUCAACCGGCUCGUCUCGGGCAUGCAUGCAGUGGUGGACUGCGAGAUCAUCGAAGAUAUCGGCCAUACCGAGGAGGGGCGGCGGCUUCGCGACGAGCCGGGCUCGAUUCUCAACCUGUACUAUGCCUACAUGCUCACCCUCUCCGCCAUCCGCGAGACAAGCGCGCAGCGGUACACUCUGAUGGACAAGCGGUCAGCUCUUCUUCCUAACAAGGUCCAAAGCGCGGCAGCGAGCUUGCGCGCACACGCCUCCUCGCCAGACUUUGCCGUCUGGAAGCUGCGCCUGCGCACGCGCCACCUCAAGCUGAUCAUGGGUUGCGUGGAGUGCAACGUGUGCAAGGUGCAUGGCACGGUCCUGGUCAUCGGGCUGGCCUCGACGCUGCAGGCGCGCCACGAGGUGUGA